AUGGGUGGCGGCGAUCUCAACUUGAAGAAGUCCUUCCAUCCCGCGCUCCGGCGCAAUCAACAGGCCGUUUGGGAUGAGGAACAAAAGGCCCUCGCCGAGCGCAAACGCACACAACAACGCCUCGAAGAAAUCAAGGAGGAACGCGCAAAGGAGGAAGUGCAACGGCAGCUCGAGGCCGCGGGCGGCAAGAAGAAAGUCGAUCGGGUAGAAUGGAUGUACCAAGGCCCCAACGACGGGCAGACCGGUACUACAGAAGAAACCGAAGCAUACCUCCUCGGAAAGCGACGUAUCGACAACCUUAUCAAAGGCACCGAACAUAAAAAGCUAGAGAAAGAUGCAGGCACCGAAAGCUUUAUGGCGAUGCAAAAUGCCAAUACCGCGCGCGACACAGCUUCCAAGAUCCGCGAAGACCCCUUGCUCGCUAUGAAACGGCAGGAACAAGCUGCUUUUGAAAGCAUGAUGAACGACCCGGCUAGACGCCGCCAGCUACUUGCAUCGAGAGGUAUAGAAGAGGAAAAGAAGGACAAGUCACGACGAAAGGAAGACCGACACAGGAGGAGGCAUCGUCAUCGCAGCCGAAGCGCCGAUGGAGAGGAUAGGCAUCACAGAAGGAGACGGUCUUACUCGCGAUCGCAAAGUCCGCGUCGACGUGACGGCUCAAGAGAGGAUCGGCACAGGCGACGCAGGGAUGAUAGCAGGGACAGACAUUCACGACGAAGACGCGACGAUUCAGAUGAUGGGGAUAGACGCGACAGGGAUGGUCGUGGUAGCGGAGACAGACAUCGACACGAUAGCGAUAGUCGCGAUAGACGACAUCGCGAUGACCGCCGUGAUGAGCGCCCACGAGACAACCGUCGCGAUGAACCACGGGACAACCGCCAAUACCAAAGAAGAAGCUACAGCGACCGACGCCCACAAGAGGAUGACAAAGCCAAGGAAGAAGAGCGCCAGCGCAAACUAGCAGCGAUGCAGUCCGCAGCAACCGAGUUAGAUGUCGAUCGUCAAGAACGCCUCGCUACGCUCGAAGCACGAGAGAAAGCAGCCAGAGAAGCAGACGAUAAAGCUAGAGAGCGCGGCGGUGAUCGUGGAUUCGUGAAUAAAUUACAUCAGCAAGCUGGAAAUAAGGGACUGGCGGAGCGCAUGGGUGGCGGAGCACGCCGUGGAUAUCAAAAGGACGAUGAUUAG